AUGCAACGAGGCAACCCGAACUCGCCGCCACCGCGCAUCAAGUCGAUGCUUGUUGUGGUGCUGGUGAUGGCUUCCUUGGUGGCCGGACGCUCAGCAACAGUAGAGCGCGAUGUGGGGUCCGAUACGCAGGUCAAGUGCACUUGCUAUCCCUGCGGUUGCGCACAAAGCCCGCCGCCACCACCACCGCCGAAGUGGCCAGUGCCAUACUGUCCACCUCCACCGCCGGCGCCGUUUCUUUACAUAGUUGGCGCGCCGGGCAAUCUGUACCCGUUCGAUACUGCAAACUUCCCCUCGAGCUCCUGCCGGAGCUACGCCGGGCUGACGCCGGUCUUUGUGCUCUCCGGGCUGGUUGCGCUGUUGAUGUUGUGGUGGCUAUGA